ACUCGUCUUUCGAGACAACAAAACCCUAGCCAGAGUUAUAUAAGACCUCUGAAAAACCUAGCUCCUUCUCCCUUCUUGGUUUAGCAAUUUGCCGCUGCUUCUCGGUCAGUAGGAGCCCCAUUUUCUCUGUACCUCGCGUGUCACUAUAAUACAAGAUGUCUCUGGUUGCAAAUGAAGAAUUUCAGCACAUUCUUCGUGUGCUCAACACUAAUGUUGAUGGGAAGCAGAAGAUUAUGUUUGCUUUGACCUCAAUCAAAGGUAUUGGGAGGCGUUUCGCUAACAUUGUCUGCAAGAAAGCUGAUGUUGAUAUGAACAAGAGGGCUGGGGAAUUAACUGCUGCUGAGCUGGAUAAUCUCAUGGUCAUUGUUGCAAAUCCUCGUCAGUUCAAGAUCCCAGAUUGGUUUUUGAAUAGGCAGAAGGAUUACAAGGAUGGGAAAUAUUCUCAAGUUGUGUCUAAUGCACUAGACAUGAAGUUGAGAGAUGAUUUGGAGCGAUUGAAGAAGAUCAGGAACCACCGUGGUCUGAGGCACUACUGGGGUCUUCGUGUCAGGGGACAACACACCAAGACCACUGGUCGUCGUGGAAAGACUGUUGGUGUCUCUAAGAAGCGGUGAACAUUAUUUACUAUUAACUGGGUUGAGCAAUUUUAUGUAGGGGCUGGCGGAAUUGGUGCCUUUCUGCAAGUAAUUUUUGUGCGAGAAGAGUUUAGAUGUGAUUUUGUUAGAUUGGAAAGAUUUUAGUCUGUUAACUUUUUAUCUAUUUGAGUCUGUUGCAGAAUCUUAUACCAUAUAUGCCUUCGAAAUUUUUUGCAAUGUGCAUCUAUUUAAUAUUUGAUUGCUAUGCUGUCUUCUUGAUUUAUAAUAUUUUGAUUUUGUUUUGCUGCU